CAGUCGAGGACAGCGCUAUCUGGCGGCGGCGCGACAGGAGGAGCGCCGUUGCGUCAGGGAUCGAGUUCCGAAGAGCGCACGCCCGUGCCAGCAGUCGACGGCGUGCUCUGGCGGCGGCAGGCCCGAAUAGCUGCGUCUGACGGCCGCUGUGACACUGGGCGAGCUGCCGAGCAGGACGGGUGGACGUCGGUGGCCGCCGCGCCGCCGCAGGGUCUGCCACGCUCCGGCGCCAGCGUUCCGUCCUCGUCCGGCGCGCCAGUGCGGCACUCCAGACCGCCAGCCCGGCCGGCGACCCAAGUGACACCCGAUGGCCGAGGCCGAGACCGCGGCCGUGACAUCGGCCACCGCGGCGACCCCGGCGACUUCGGAGCCGGCCGCCGACCAGUUCUUCGUGGCCACGGCCGAGAUGGCGCAGCUGCAGCUGCCCGUGUCCGACGCGCCGUACGUGUCCGGCUCGGACAGCUCGCCCGAGCUGCUGCGCCGCCGCGUGCCCAGCAUGCGCGUAAGCGAAGACGUGAUGUUCGAUCGUUGGUGCGACCCGGCGCAGCCGCGCGUGGUCCACUUCCAGGACAUCUGCGAAGCCGCCUACAAGAUCAAGUCGGGCAUCAUGGUCACGCCGUGCACGCGCUCGCACAUCUCCGAGGAGUGCAACAUGCAGCUGUUCUUCAAGAAGGACUACAUGCAGUACACUGGCAGUUUCAAGGAGCGCGGCGCACGCUACACGCUCAUGAUGCUGACGGAGGAGCAGCGGAAGCGGGGCGUCAUCGCCGCCUCGGCCGGCAACCACGCGCUGGCGCUCUGCUACCACGGCCGGGAGCUGGGCGUCGCGGUCACCGUUGUCAUGCCGAUCAUCGCGCCAAUCAUGAAGGUGCAGUCGUGCCGCGACUACGGCGCCAACGUCAUCGUGUGCGGCGAUGACCUCGCCCAGUCCAAGGAGAUCGCAAUGACGAUGGCCAAGGAGACCGACCUGCUCUACAUCAACGGCUACGACCACCCCAACAUCCUGGCCGGGCAGGGCACCAUGGGCUUGGAGGUGAUGGAGCAGGUGAAGGACGUGGACGCCAUCGUGGUGCCGGUCGGCGGCGGGGGCCUGAUCGCCGGCGUCGCCAUGGCUGUCAAGUCGCUCAACCCCAAGAUCCUGGUGGUGGGCGUCGAGUCGGAAAAAUGCGCCACCUUCUCAGCGGCGCUGGAGCACGGCCGACCUGUCCACACCAAGUGCCAGUCGACGCUGGCCGACGGGCUGGCUGUGCCCACGGUCGGCGUCAACGCCUACGCCACGGCGGCGCCGCUCAUCGACAAGAUGGUGCGCGUGUCCGAGGAGCAGAUCGCCAUCAGCAUCCUGCGCUUGGUCGAGGUGGAGAAAGCGGUGGUGGAGGGCGCCGGCGCGUGCGGCCUGGCCGCCAUCCUCUCGGGCGCGCUGCCAGAAUUGCGCGGCCGGCGCGUGGUCGUGCCGCUGUGCGGCGGCAACAUCGACACCACCAUCCUGGGCCGCUGCCUGGAGCGCGGCCUCGCCGCAGAGGGUCGCCUCUGCAAGUUCACCGUCACCGUCAGCGACCGCCCCGGCGGCAUCGCCGAGCUGACGCGCCUCCUCGCCAAGCUCGGAGUCAGCAUCAAGGACAUGCUGCACGAGCGCGCCUGGAUCCGCAACGACAUUUACAGUGUCGAGGUUAAGGUGGUGGCCGAGACCAUUAACGCCGCCGAGACGUACCGGCUCCGCGACGCCAUCUGCACAGCCUACGAGCAGGUCCGGUUCGGCCCCAUCUGCGGCAGCUUCGACUGAGCGCCACCAGGCGGCAGGUGGGGCGGUUGGACCCGCCCCGGACGCGGCGGCGGCGAAGGGCGGCGGGGCCGCGUGCUCUCUGGCGCGAUAUUGUCGGCCACCGUGCCUUAUCGUGAGCCUGCUUCAGUGCAGACUGAUACGCUGCUAUCAACGAGUACUGUCUGUCACCCAGAUUAGGCCGAGCGCAAUAUGGGGCGGCGAACAGCGGUGCUGUGUGCGGGGUGAUUUGUAUUGGUUCGUUUGUGAGGCUUAGGACGGCGCUCAUGUUGCAUACCUAUUAUGAUUACAUAUGAUAUAAUGUGA